GAGAUCAACGUCAUCACGCUCAACUGCUGGGGCCUACUCCACAUUUCAGCGCAACGGUCAGCACGGCUCACGGCCAUCGGGCGCGCCCUAGCGGCAACCUCAUUCAGCAAUGGCGAGUCGCCGCAUAUCGUAGCGCUACAGGAAUGCUGGACGCAGGAGGACUACCAGUCAAUCCGGCGGGAGACGCGGUUCGUGUUGCCGUACGGCAAGUUCUAUCACAGCGGGGCAUUCGGCGGCGGGCUGGCGAUCCUGUCGCGAUGGCCCAUCGAGGAGAGCAGCAUGCACAGGUAUCCGCUUAAUGGGCGUCCUACAGCGUUCUGGAGAGGCGAUUGGUUUGUGGGCAAGGGCAUUGGAUGCGCGCGGGUUCGUUAUGGAAAUCGGCCGAGGGAUGUGGUGGAGGUGUUCAACACUCACACCCACGCCAUCUACGAGCACGCACCCCGAACCGACUCGUACCACGUCCACCGCCUGUCGCAAGCCUGGGAACUAUCCAAACUCCUCCGCGGCGCCGCCGCCCGCGGCCACCUCGUGCUCGCCCUGGGCGACUUCAACGACGUGCCGCUCUCCCUCACCUACCGCGUCUUAACCGCUCACGCGCCCAUUCGCGACGUCUGGCGCGUACUGCACCCCGACUCGUCCCUCGGUGCCGCAGAAGACGACCUAGAGCGGGCGCGGCGCCGCCCCAUCCCCACGGCCGAGUUCAACGUCGUCGAAAACGGUGUGACGAGCAACAGCGUCUAUAAUACGUGGCGCUGGCCCAAGAAGCAGCAGAAGCAGCUGGGCCGCCCGGGACGUGACCCCAUCGAGAUCCCGCCUGACUCGCUCGACAAGCGCGGCAAGCGGCUCGACUACAUCUUCGCUUCGUCUGGGGCUUUCGAGGGCGAGGAAGACGUCAAGGCCGGGUGGGUCGUCAAGGACGCCCGCGUUGCCAUGCUGCAUCGCCACCCGGAACUGCAGUGUAGCCUCAGUGACCACUUCUCCGUCGAGGCGACGCUGGUGCUGCACCGUGUUGCCCCGACCGCUUCGCCGAACCACUUGGAUCGGGAUGGCCGGUCUGCUUCCCGCCCCGAUUCGCCAUCGAUUCAACAGGCUGAGCUCAACAGCGGUGCUUUUCUUGACGUGCAAUCGCACCCUUCGUCUGUGGACCUUUUCGAGUCGGGACCCAAGAAGCCGCACCGCCGCGGCAGCGCCGACGAAGCACUCAGUUUCUCCGCCCAACUGGAAGCCUUCCGGUCUCCAGUUCCUUGCCUCCCCGCAGCCACCUACGACGAGAUCCUGACCCUGAUUCAAAAGUACGAGGUCCGCGAGAAGUUCCAGCGCCGAUGGCGGGGCGUUCAUUUCUUCACCUGGGUCGUUGUGACCAUUGUCUGCUGGGUCGGCGUCUGGUUCACGCCGCCCUACGUUUCGUUUAUCCUCAUGCUCUUGAGCAGUUUGGGUCUCGUGGCGGGGGUUAUUGAUGGCUUGGUCUCGUUGCUGUUCAUAGGGACUGAGUUGAGGGCGCUCAAGGAGUUUGAGUGGGAAAUGAUGAAUGCCAAGGCAAUUGCGAGCGGU